AUGUGUGACUGGGAGUCGGGAGGGCUUGCGACAGAACAUAAUCCUUAUGAGUUCGUGUAUUGCAGGCACUUUUAUGAAUCACGCCUGGGACAGGCCUGGGUCAUCUGGGCUGUGGGUAUUUACAUGCAGAUACCAGGUAUGACGCCUUGUAGACACAUUGUGGUUAUUUUUUCCUCUUCUCUCCUUUCCUUACUCUUUGGAUUCCCAUUUCCGUCCUCUGCUGCCCUCUCGCCUGCCUCACUCUUCAUUCGCCCUUCUCUAUACCUCACUUCUAUUCCCUGUCUCCCUCUUCGCUGUCUCGUCAUGCAUUGCCAUGCUUGCACUAUUCCGUUCGUCUUUUCGUUAAUCUUUGCCUCACGAUGCCCUACCAUCUUGGGCAGAGGAGUGAGGAGAACCUGGUCGAUCGGGCCCUGGACCAUCCCUCCAACUCGUGGCUUGUUACCUUGGCUCAACGUUUUGACUCGGCAACUUGAGCCUGUAGAAGAGCGCGGAGAUUGGCAGCCGCCACUACUUGGUGGUGUGUCCACUCCGCCCCUCCUUCUCUCUUCGACACACUCCCCGGUCGGCUACCCCAAUAACACAUUUUAUGUAGACUGUCCACCCAAUUCCUGA